AUCUCCCCCCUCUCCUUUCUCUGUGUCUCUCUCUCUCUGUGUGAGCAGUACAGAACCGAAAACCCGAAAUCGAAACAAAUGUUCGACAAAAAGGUAUGGAUUCGGACACUACAAUUAAAAUAUUAAAUAAGUACAAAACCGUUCGAAGGAAUCUUUACCUUCUCUAAGUGAGUUCGAAUCGGCCAUGGAUGAGAAUAAACAGAGCUUCGAAGGAGCAGAGAAUAUGAAACCGGACGAAGAAGAUGAUCACGAAGAUGACGAAGACGAAGAGGACGACGAUGAAGAGUUCGCUGAACUUGAUGAUGAAGAUGAAGUUGGUGAACAGAGGCAACUCAGUGAGUUUGAGAAUUCGUUAGCGCCGAUUGAAGCGGAGUUGAGAGGUUCGCAAACAGAAACCCUAGCCUUAACUUCCUCCCUUCAAUUGUCAGAGAAUGAUCUCGAAUCGGAUUUCGCUACUACCUCUCACCUACUCUCCGAGGUGCCGAUAGAUUAUACGCUUUUGCCACAUGAGGCAGCCGAAUUCCAGGAUCAAGUUGAGGUACCCCACCAGGAAGCUUUGUUAAGUGCAACCCAGGCUGCUCAAGCUCAUACACAGAAUCAGCUUCACUUACCUGGGUACCCAAAUUCUUCAUCCGAAUUAUCACUAACUUCUGUUACACAGUCCAUUUCAUCCACCUCAAAUCCAACGCUACCAAGACACAGACAGUCACUAAUAGCAAAUGUUCAUAAUGUAUGUAUGCCAGAAGUGGAUCAGCAGAGUUAUUCUGACCUUAAAGCUAUAUCUGCUGUAUCUGUUGUGAAGACGCCUACCACCGAUGGGUACAACUGGCGGAAGUAUGGUCAGAAACAGGUGAAGAGUCCUCAAGGUUCUCGAAGCUAUUACAAAUGCACAUAUUCAGAUUGUUGUGCCAAAAAGAUUGAGUGCUCUGAUCACUCUAACCGUGUUAUAGAGAUCAUAUGUAAAGGUCAGCACACUCAUGAUCCUCCCCGUAAAAUCAAUUGCACAAGGGAAAGUAGGCUUGCACUAUCUACUGUUCCUAAUAGUACAGCAGAUCCGGUUAAAACACUUGAUAAUUCAAGUCCAUCCACUUUCUCGAAAGAACCUAUAAAAGAAACAGCCCCACUACCUGAAACAAAAGGACAGGACUCAAACGGUUCUGAUGAAAAUGUUUGGUUUCAGAUCAAGGAGGAGAAUCUUGAUGAACCCGAAUCAAAACGAAGAGUGAAGAAAAGCAACUCAUCAUAUUCAGGUUCUCUCUUUAAACCUGGAAAGAAACCUAAAUUUGUUGUGCAUGCUGCUGGUGAUGUGGGAAUCUCAGGAGAUGGCUAUAGGUGGCGUAAAUAUGGACAAAAGAUGGUGAAGGGAAAUCCUCAUCCUAGAAACUACUACAGAUGCACUUCAGCUGCGUGUCCUGUGAGAAAGCACAUUGAAAGGGCUGUAGAUAACUCAAGCGCUGUCAUAAUAACAUACAAGGGUGUACAUGAUCAUGACAUGCCAGUACCAAAGAAGAGACAUGGUCCACCAAGUGCUCCUCUUGUUGCUGCUGCAGCUCCUGCUUCCAUGAACAAUGUGCAAGUCAAGAAAACACCUGCUACGAAAUGGUCAGUGGACACAGAAGGUGAAUUGACAGGUGAAACAUUGGACAUUGGUGGAGAGAAGGCAAUGGAAUCAGCUCGAACUCUGUUGAGCAUUGGGUUCGAGAUCAAGCCUUGCUGAAGCUGUCACAAGGAGUUGGGCAAGAAAGUUAUUUGGGCUUUUCUUCCAUGAUAAUUUAUCAGUUUAUGAGCUGUAUGAAUAUAUCGGUUUGAUUUUUUUUUUUUUUUUUU